GUUGAGACUUGGUAGUUGGGAGUAAUACCUGUCACGCUCAGCCCCUGCAGGUCUAGGCACUGCAGGCUAGCCGAUGUUCCAGGCUCCCCAGGUUCCCCCAACCUCCCCCAAACGUCCUCGAGUCACGGUCAACGGUUUUCCAACUCCCCAGUAGUUAUCUACCCGCGCCGUCAAACUCAAUUUUGGAUUUGACAGAAACACAGUAUUGACAACUUUCAGACGAUAGACAGACUUGAGUCAAUAUUUGCGUUUGACAGUUUACCAAACACCCGAAUAGGAGAGCGACGAUGCAGUCCCCGACGUCCAAACCGGCGUCCGGGGAGCGCACGCCGCUACUGGCAGAUGGAGUACCCUCGCGCAACUCAAGCGACUCCCUCCGCCGCGCCGAACAAGAAGAUGCCGCCAUCCACGGCACCCCACUCUCACCAACGCCCACCGCCCGCACCCGCACCGUCCGUGAGCUCCUCCUCUUCUCCUGGGCCCUCCUCGCAACAGCCGGAGUAAUCGUCCUGGCAGUAGUCCUCCAACACCGCAACAGCACCACCACCCCACCCACCCCCACCGACCCCAUCCCCAUCAUCCCCGGCGAUCCAGGCACGGGAACCCCCUACCCAGCCAUCUCCUCCCUCACCCCGAAGAAAGACCGCAAGCGCAACCUCAUCUUUAUGGUAUCUGACGGCAUGGGUCCUGCCUCCCUGUCUCUCACUCGAACAUUCAGACAGCACGUCAAUAAGCUCCCCAUGGAUGACACCCUCGUCUUGGAUCAGCACUUUUGGGGCACGUCGAGAACAAGAUCGUCAAAUUCAUGGGUGACGGACUCUGCGGCUGGGGCUACGGCGUUUAGCUGUGCGAGGAAGAGUUACAACGGCGCUAUCGGGAUGGAACCCGGGUUUAAGCCCUGCGGUACGGUCCUCGAGGCUGCCAAACGGGCGGGGUACAAGACUGGUUUGGUUGUCACGACGGAUGUGACGGAUGCGACGCCGGCGUGUUUUGCUAGUCAUGUUGGGUAUCGAUGGCAGAUGGAUGAGAUUGCGAUGCAGGAGAUUGGGGAGGGGGUGUUGGGACGGUCAGUCGAUUUGAUUUUGGGGGGUGGUAGAUGUCAUUUCUUGAAGAACUCUACCGCGGGGAGUUGCAGACAGGAUGAUGUUGAUGUUGUGGAGAUUGGGCAGAAGAAGCAUGGGUGGGGGUAUGUGGAUGACAGGGCUGGGUUUGACUCGCUCAAGUUGGGGAAGAAUGUGAGCUUGCCGUUGUUGGGGUUGUUUGCCGAGAGGGAUGUGCCGUUUGAGAUUGACCGCAGGCAUAUGAAUGAUGUCUACCCGAGCUUAAGCGAGAUGGCGGUCACGGCUUUGAAGGCGUUGGAGGAGGCGACUAAGGAUAGUGAAAAGGGCUUUUUCUUGAUGAUUGAGGGGAGCAGGAUUGAUCACGCGGGACAUAUCAAUGAUCCGGCGGCGCAGGUGAGGGAGGUGUUGGAGUAUGACAAGACUUUUAACGCCGUGUUGGAGUUUAUCGAGGAGUCGGAUACGGAGGGAGUUUUGGUUGCGACGAGCGAUCACGAGACGGGUGGGUUGUCGACUGCCUGGCAGGCGCCGAAUGAGCUGCCUGUAUACAACUGGCAUCCCGAGGUUCUGCUGCAGGCGAAUGCCUCGGCCGAGUAUCUCACGCUACUGUUGCAGCAACACAUGAUCGCGAACCCGGUCGAGGAGCAGCAGCAGCUUCAGGACUGGAUCAGGGAGGAUUUGGUGGAGAAGAGAUUGGGGAUCAAGGAUGCGUUGGAGAUUGAGAUCAAUGCUCUGGCGUCGAAUCCUUUACUGGCGAUGAAUAUCUUUUCGAAAAUGGUGAGCAUCCGGGCGAGGAUUGGAUGGUCUACCCAUGGGCACUCGGCCGUGGAUGUGAAUAUUUAUAGCAGCGGGGGGCCGGGGACGGAGGAUAUCAGGGGAAAUGUGGAGAAUAUUGAGGUCGGAGGGUUUUUGAGAAGGUAUUUGGAUGUGGAUGUGGAUGAGAUUACUAGGGAGCUGAGGGAGAAGAUGGUGGUUGAUGUGAAGGAGGCGGAGAUGACCGGGAGGGAUGGGCACCCUGAGGAGUGGUUUGUGGAGGUGGAUGGGCUGGUGGGUUAUACUACGGCUUGAUGGGUUGAUGAUUUGAGAAGUCAGGUUGGUAAUGGCUGAUAUGGGAUAUGAAAUAUGGGACAUGAGAGGCGUCUGGGUUGAUGAGCGGUUUGCAUUGGUGUGUUGUUGUUGUUGUUGUAGGAGUAUUACAGAUAGAUAUAGCCAGGCGUAGCGUUUUUGUUUUCUUUUUGGUUUGGGUGGAGGUAAUCAUGGCUCUUUUCUGUGUAGCAUUGAGAAUAGCAUAACACGGUUACCGGUUUGCUACAUACA